CAACCAUUUCCUUUUCUCUUCGCAGAGGAGAGAGAAGAGCAGGGAGCCCGCACACACACUUUCCGUGCAGGCCCAGGCAUUGCUCUCCAGGGCUGCCUGCGGCUGAAAGCUCCAAAGACGUGCUCUGCACCAUAGCUUGCUUGGGCUCCGACGUGCCUGCCUGCAGCUCUGCACCUCUGUACCCCAAACAGAGGGCCCAGGAGUGAGGCACUGCCUGCUGUCCCACGAACCAUACUCAUCAUUCAGGCCCCAGAGGGGACAAGUGGACCUCCGAGCUCAACCGCUGCCUCGGGUGCCAGAAGACGGCGCUUCUGGACCCAUUUCCUCUCGGGAUGGGCCAGGCCUCGGUCACAGCGGUGCUGGCCCAGCUCCAGGUGCCAAGAGGCGGGGAGCGGGGCCCCUGAGGGGCGCCAGCCCGCACCCAGGCCCCCGAGGAUGAGCGCCGAUGUCCUCUAGCCCAUCCGAGCGCAGCUCCUCGGGUGGCAGCGGCGGGGCGGCACACAGACGUGAAGGGCCGCCGGCGAUGACGGUUCAGAAAGUGGUGGUGAUGGCCGUGCUCGUGGCCCUGGUCUCCCUUAUUCUCAACAAUGUGGCAGCCUUCACACCUGACUGGGUGUACCAGACACUGGAGGACGGACGCAGGCGCAGCGUGGGGCUGUGGCACGCAUGUUGGUUGGCCAACAGGGGCCGUGGGCCUCCCCCAACUGCUGGGGCCCGAGCCCUGGGGCAGGACACGCAGGACUGCGAGGCCGUGGGCUGGGGCUCUGAGUCAGCUGGCUUCCAGGAGUCCCGAGGCACCGUCAAAUUGCAGUUCGACAUGAUGCGCGCCUGCAACCUGGUGGCCACGGCGGCACUCACUGUGGGCCUGCUCACCUUCGUCCUGGGGCUUGCUGGCCUGCCCCUGCUGUCACCAGAGUCCCAGUGCUGGGAGGAGGCCAUGGCUGCGGCCUUCCAGCUGGCAAGCUUUGUCCUAGUCAUCGGGCUGGUGACCUUCUACAGAAUCGGGCCCUACACCAAUCUGUCCUGGUCCUGCUACCUGAACAUUGGGGCCUGCCUGCUUGCCACCCUCGCAGCGGCCAUGCUCAUCUGGAACAUUCUACACCGAAGGGAGGACUGCAUGGCUCCCCGUGUGAUUGUCAUCAGCCGCUCACUGACUGCACGCUUCCGCCGGGGGCUUGAUAAUGACUAUGUAGAGUCACCAUGCUGAGGCCCUGCCGUGGUCUCUGGUGGGACAGAACAAUCUAGAAACCAAAGGGUCAACCCCUCCCAUUUGCACGGUGUACGAUAUCAGGCGGGUGUGCUGACAUGUUGUCUAGAUGUGCAGCACAUGCUUGGAGUGUGGCUUCCACCCAACAUCCCCACGAGGCUUCUAUACCAUAGCCCACGGCUCCUCCUAGACUUGGAAGGCGAAGGCCAGGAUCACUCUGCCACCUCUCUUUGGGGACAGACACAUGGGUGUGUCCAGGACUCAGCUGAUCAUCAAAUGAUUACAGCUUUACUGGGCUGAAGAAGGUCCGUCAUUCCUAUUUUUCUAAAUUAAAAUAAAUGCAACCCUGCUGCUGCCUA